AGUACUACUAUAAUAUAAUUUAGGUUAGUUCAAGUUGCCGUGUCAGCGUGUCUGUGUAUCAAUGGCGGGAGUGAACGCUUCAUCAUCUAAGUCCAUCCAACGACGUCGUCCUCACAUAGUUCGUACUGUUGUCGCCGGAGACAGUCGAACCGGUAAAUCCAGCCUCAUUCAUGCCGCGGCAGGCUAUACAGUUGGAACAAAGGUCUUCGAGAAUCCUGUAUUGCCACCGUAUUUUGAUGCUACCCCAAUCACACUCAUCGACACUUCUUCCCGUAUUGAGGACACUGGUAAAGUUGAUAAACAACUAAAGCAGGCUGACUCAGUUGUCCUCACUUAUGCAUGUGAUCGCCCUUGCACAUUUCAAAAUCUAACCACGGUUUGGCUCCCUCGUCUUCGCCGAUUACAGGUCAAAGUUCCAGUUAUAGUGGUUGGGUGUAAGCUUGAUCUGCAAGAUGAAAAUCAGCAAGUGAGCCUAGGACAGAUGAUAUCACAACUAAUGCAGCAGUUCUGUGAGAUUGAAGCAUGCAUUCAGUGUUCAGCAUAUAGUAGUAUCCAGGUCUCUGAUGUUUUCUUCUUAGCACAAAAGGCUACUCUUUAUCCCACCGCUCCUUUAUUUGACAAAGAGACACAAACUCUAAAACUUCAAUGUGCGCGGGCUUUGAAGCGGAUUUUUAUCCUUUGUGACCGAGACAGAGAUGGUGCUCUUAGCGAUGCUGAACUGAAUGAUUUACAGGUUAAAUGCUUCAAUGCUCCUUUGGAACCACAAGAUAUUUUGGAUGUAAAGAUGCUCGUGCAAAACAAAUCAUCUGAAGGUGUUAAUGAACGAGGACUUACUUUGACAGGAUUUCUAUUACUUCACGCCCUUUUCAUAGAAGAAGGGCCUAUUCAGACAACAUGGACAACGCUCAGGAGGUUUGGAUAUAAUGAUGAUAUGAAGCUUGAUGAUGAUUUCAUUCCACGUCUGAAACGUGCACCUGAUCAGAGUGUUGAAUUGACAAAUCAAGCUCUUGAUUUCUUGGUGAAAAUCUUUGAUGAAUUUGAUGGCGAUUCGGAUAAGGUGCUACAACCACGUGAACUUGAAGACUUGUUUUCUACUGCAAUGGAAAGUCACUGGAUUGAAAACCCGUACAAGGAUGCUGUAGAAAAGAAUGCACAUGGAGGACUAUCACUUGAUGCAUUUUUGUCAGAGUGGGCACUCAUGACACUUCUAAACCCAACCUUCAGUGUGGAGAACUUAAAAUACAUGGGUUAUCCUGGUGAUCCAUCAUCUGCUAUCCGUGUGACUAGGAGGCGACACGUGGAUCGCAAAAAACAACAUUCAGAACGAAAUGUAUUGCAGUGCUUUAUUUUUGGGCCUAUGAAGGCUGGAAAAUCUGCUUUAUUGAAUUCUUUUAUUGGAAGGCCAUAUUCUGAAGUGUACAAUCCAACCAGCGAGGAUCGUUAUGCAGUAAAUGUUGUUGAUAUCUCUAGGGAAAACAAAAAAUAUCUUGUGCUGAGAGAGAUUUCUGAAGAUGGAGUCACAAAGCUGCUGGCCAACAGGGAGUCUUUAGCUUCAUGUGACAUUGCAGUUUUUGUUCAUGACAGGUCUGAUGAGUCUUCAAGGAGGGCAUCAUCUGAACUCUUGUUAAAAAUCGCUGCUCAUGGAGAAAACACUGGCUUUCAGGUGCCCUGUCUCAUAGUUGCAGCCAAAGAUGAUCAGGAUUCAUUUACAAUGGCUAUACAAGAGGCAAAUAUGGUUAGUCAGGACACGGGAGUAGAGGCUCCUAUGCCAAUAAGUGUGAAGUUGGGGGAUUCCAACAAUAUAUUUCACCGAAUUGUACCUGCUACCGAGAACCCUCAUUUAAACAUUCCAAAAACGGAUGAUGGAAAACCCCGCAAGCAGUACCAGGGACUCAUAGAUCGAUCUCUUGUGGUUGUUUCGGUUGGAGUUGCAGCAGUCAUGGCGGUUGGGGUCGUGUUGUAUGGAAGAAUGCGUCCGGUUAAAAACAAAGGUUUUGACAAUAGGCCAUGAUCAUUCCUUACCUUUAUUAAGCUACAUUGCCUGUAAUGUUUUACGCCAUCUAUUGUAGAGUUUGCAAUCCUUUUUAGGAUUAUAUAUCAAACCUUUAUUUCUAUUUUUGUCAAGGUUAAAUUAGGCCAACACAAAUUUUAAUCAAUGUAGUGGUUGUACAUAUAGGAUUGGUGAGUAUGGGAUGCCAGUUGAAUAUAUUUUAUUCCUUUGUGAUGC